AUGACAGGUGGGAUGGCUGUUGAUAACAUCACCCUGGACUCCGAAAGCUCUCCAAACCAGAGCAGCUGUGAUGUGUUUGUCUACCAAAGAGCUGCAGUGGUCCUUUUCCCUAUUUUCUACUCUGUAGUUUUCAUAAUCAGUGUGUGCGGCAACAGCUUGGUUCUCUAUGUGAUCUGCCAGAGGAAGCAGAAGUUCAACUCCACCUCCAUCUAUCUGGUCAACCUUGCACUGUCUGAUACCCUGUUCACGAUGGCCUUGCCGGGCAGAAUUAUUUACUACAUCCGCCAUUAUGACUGGCCCUUUGGUGACAUUCUCUGCAGACUGACCACACUUCUCUUUUUUGCAAAUACCUAUGCAGGUAUUGGGUUCAUGACAUGUAUCAGCUUGGACAGAUAUCUGGCCAUGGUGCACCCACACCAGCUGCAGUGUUUACGGAGUGUGAGGGUUGUUCGCAGGGUCUGCUGCCUGGUCUGGGCCCUGGUAUCUCUGCAGAUAGCUCCCCUGCUGUUUCGCAACGUGCUGCAUGAGCAACAGAAAAGACGAACCUGCAUGGAGUACUUCAACUUUGAGGGCUCUCGCUUCACCCCUUAUCUCCUGCUUCUCGCCUGUGCUAUCUCCUUCUGCUGUCCACUCCUCAUUAUCAUGGGUUGCUACGCCAAGAUCAACCUGAAGCUGCGAGCUGCAGCCAAGCAGAACUCUGUGACUGGCCGAUCAAAGAGGAAUCAUAGAGCCAACACCAUUAUCCUCCUCAUCUUCCUCACCUUUAUCGUAUGCUUCACCCCUUACCACCUCAACGUUAUGCAGUUUAUGUCCAGAAAGUUAUACCACAAGCCAGCCUGUGAGGAAUUGAGGGCCUUUAAGAUGUCCUUACAGAUUACAGUUUCUCUAAUGAAUUUCAACUGCUGCUUGGAUCCAGUGAUCUACUUCUUUGCCAUUAAGACCUACAAGAAGCGGGUGAUGAGCCUUUUUAAGGACUGUCUGUAUACUUCCGGUGCUUCUUCCAAAGUGACAGCUGAGAACAGCAGCAGCAACACCUGA